AUGAUCAGAGGUCGUGUGUCAACCUGCUACCAACCACAUAAGCGGUCGCUUCACAGUCCAGCUUUACAUUCUAUACAAGUGCAGAAGCCGCCGCCAUGGAGGCCAACUAUAAUACUUGACGAGUGGGUGGAAAGGCCGGUGCGCCCUAUCAGUCUACGACAAUUGACUUUUUUUGGCCGAGCUUUAACAGAACCUCGCUUGCUGGAUUCUGCUAAUUAUGUUCGAACCGAGCUUCCCACAAGACUGGCACAUCGCCUGCGUGAAAUGCAAACACUGCCAUAUGUAGUCGUGGCAAACCCUCAUAUAUCAUUGGUCUACGAAUUGUACUACAAAGCCUUUGAGAGAUUCAGAACUAUUCCUGCAAUCAAGUCCUUAGAUGAUAAUAAUCGCUAUUGCGACGUCUUGCGAGAAAUGCUCAAAGAGCACUUGACGGUCAUCCCGAACCUCGCCAUGGGAGUGCUUGAGUGCCAAGGGCUUGUGAAACCGAACGAAAUUGAUACAUUUCUAAAUACAAUGCUUCGCGCGAGGAUAUCCCGUCGCGUGAUAGCAGAGCAGCAUCUUGCUUUGACCGAAACAUUUAACAUCUCACAGCGAUCAAACAAAUCUGACCCUAGAGCUGACCAAAAUUCCGACUUUGUCGGUGAGGUCUUUCUCAAAUGCAAUGCCAAGGAUGUCGUCGAACGAUGUGGGAAAUUCACCCAAGAGUUGAUGCGUCAGAGCUCUGGGUCAAACAAGAUUCCUGGGAUCAAUAUCAAGGGACAUCUCGAUGCAACAUUCCCCUACAUUCUUGGACAUUUGGAAUAUAUUGUUGGAGAACUCUUGCGAAAUUCUAUAMAAGCCGUUAUGGAAAAGUACCGAGACUCUACCGCUGAUCCUCCGCCAAUUGAGGUUCUUAUAUGUGAAGCAUCGCAGUAUGUCACCCUACGUAUAUCCGACCGAGGCGGCGGCGUUCCUCGGGAGAUAUUCCCGACGUUAUGGUCCUUCAGUAAAGGCCCACGGACUCAGGACCGGUUGGAAAAUCUCGGUCAGGUCCCGACUCUAGCGGCCACGAUGCAGGAACUUGAGGUUCCCCUGGAAAUGGAACCCAGCAUUAAAGGCAGCUACCGUGAAGGAUCUUUAUCUACCUUGAGUUCACGUCCACCCAAUCUUCGCUUGGGUAUUGGGCUGCCCAUGAGCAGAGUUUAUGCCGAAUACUGGGCGGGAAGCCUAGAACUACACAGUUUGGAGGGGUACGGCGUGGAUGCUUUCCUGCAGAUCUCGAAGCUUGGUAACAAGAAUGAGCAAGUCACUGCCAGAGCUUCUUUGGAUGCAGUAUGA